CUUUUCUUCUUCCUCACGAUCCCCUCUCUCUGCAACUCUAUCUCCAUACAACAGUACGUGUCAGGAAGUUGUAGUUUGAUCAUGCAAUCUCGCUUCGCGUUUCGGUUAGCGCCAUCUGUUGCAGUCUUCGCUCCCCGAUAUUUGCAACGGCUCGAACCAAAACUUCGUUGAUUUCUCGUGAUUCGCGCCGCUUCUUUCCCAAUUCAAUCGAUAUUUAUUACUACAGCCUGCUGUCUUAGGUUGUUGCGUUGGUGAGUAUCUCCGAAGUGUCCGUUUCUUCCCUGCUUGUAAGUCUGUCUGUGCAGGGCUCGGCACGUUCCGUCUGAUCAUCGCUCUGUUCGAGGUUUACUGUUGAGUUCUGGAACCUGAAGAGUCGAAGGUUCAGUUAUAGGGUUUCCGAGGCUGCAAUCUUGUCGAUGUUGAUGUUAAGGUGCUUGCGUGAGCUUUGAAAUCUGAUGAGGCGCCGGUCGCCGACGAGCUCGCUAAUUGAGCACAUGGAGAAGGGGGCGGCUAAGAGUCAACAUUCCCGCUUCUGGCUGUUGGCCUUCUCCGCUGCUUUCUUCUGGUUGUUGAUCUUGUACUUCCAUUUCGUCGUCCUUCGGAGCAAUUCGGUUCCUGAUCCGACGCGAUUGCAUCCUAUUUCUGUCAUUUCUACGCUGACGAAUCCUCGAUCGUCUCCUGUUGGUCGGCCCUUCAUCGACCGAUCAUCUCCUAAGCCUAUUCCUAUCGGUCCUGCCGUUUCUAAAGAUUCCCGAUCAUCCCCUGUUAGCCAUCCCACUGAUAAGCAACGUGAAUCGGAGAGGUUUCCAUUUAUGAAGGCAUUAAGAACAGUGGAUAACAAGAGCGAUCCAUGUGGCGGGAAGUAUAUCUAUGUGCAUGAUCUGCCCCCCAGGUUUAAUAGAGAUAUGCUUAAGGAAUGCAAGAGCCUCAGUCUUUGGACAAACAUGUGUGAGUUCACCACCAAUGCGGGCCUUGGCCCCCCGCUUGACAAUGUUGAAGGAGUGUUUUCAGAUACUGGAUGGUAUGCAACGAAUCAGUUCACUGUUGACGUGAUCUUUAAUAACCGAAUGAAGCGUUAUGAAUGCUUGACAAACGAUUCUUCUAUUGCAGCUGCUAUUUUCGUCCCCUUUUAUGCGGGGUUUGAUAUCGCCCGGUAUCUUUGGGGGUUUAACAUAUCAAUGAGGGAUGCUGCUUCUCUUGCUCUGGUUGAUUGGCUGGAGAAGAGGCCAGAAUGGAAUGUUAUGGGUGGAAAGGAUCAUUUUCUUGUUGCAGGGAGGAUAACUUGGGAUUUUAGGAGACUGAGUGAGGAAGAUUCUGACUGGGGCAACAAGCUUCUCUUCUUACCGGCUGCAAAGAAUAUGUCCAUGUUGGUGGUGGAGUCAAGCCCCUGGAAUGCAAAUGAUUUCGGCAUUCCAUACCCCACAUACUUCCAUCCUGCAAAAGAUGCCGAUGUGUUCGUAUGGCAGGACAGGAUGAGGAAACUGGAGCGGAAGUGGCUCUUCUCUUUUGCCGGUGCACCGCGUCCCGGAAACCCCAAAUCAAUCCGGGGUCAGAUCAUUGGUCAGUGCAAGAAUUCCAAGGUCUGCAAGUUGUUGGAGUGCGAUUUUGGGGAGAGCAAGUGUCAUUCUCCAAGCAAUAUAAUGAAGAUGUUUCAGAGCUCCCUUUUCUGCUUGCAGCCUCAAGGGGAUUCAUACACAAGGCGAUCUGCUUUUGAUUCAAUGUUGGCAGGGUGUAUUCCUGUUUUCUUUCAUCCUGGUUCAGCCUACACGCAAUAUACUUGGCAUCUUCCAAAGGACUAUGCCAAGUAUUCCGUGUUUAUUUCAGAGGAUGAUAUUCGAAAGAGGAAUAUCAGCAUCGAGCAAAGGCUCAGUCAAAUUCCUCCUGAGCAGGUGAAGACAAUGAGGGAGGAGGUCAUAAAACUCAUCCCGGGGCUGAUAUAUGCAGAUCCUCGCUCCAAAUUGGAGACUUUGAAAGAUGCCUUUGAUGUAGCCGUGCAGGCCGUCAUUGACAAAGUUACGAAGUUAAGGAAAGACAUGGUUGACGGCCGUACAGAUGAUGGGUUUAUUGAGGAGCUCAGUUGGAAAUAUGCCUUACUACAGGAAGGGCAAAACCUUAGUACUCAUGAGUGGGAUCCUUUUUUCUCAAAGCCAAAAGAUGGCAAUGAAAAUUCCAAUAUUUCAUCAUCAGAAGCAGCAAAAAGUUCUUGGAAUAGAGACUAAAUGUCCAGCACCUAGUAAUAAUGGAGAGGACCCCAGUAGAGAGUCUGAGGCAGAUUACAGGUAUGAACUUUUAUCAGGGCCUGGUCAGGGAAUCAUUUGGGAGUUGUCUAGUUUGUCCGCCCAUAAUCUUUGUUAAUCCUGAGGCUGCAAACAUAUUUGUUUUCGGCCUCGGUAUAAAUAGGUUUUGAUCUCUAUCUUGAUUUUUUUUCUGUUUUUUGGGUAGUGAUUCUUUCUUCGUACUUGAUAGAUACACACUGCAAAAAGCCUUAGGUACAUGUUUUAGUCUAUUGUGUGAUCUUUUGCUAAAAGAAGCAUAAUGAAAGAUUAAUAAGUUUUUAUUAUCCA